UUGUAUUCAAUGUGAACAGCAGUCACAGAUUACCCUCGACGGGCCUUGGCAGGGAAAUGGCAGUCACCAGCCUUCUUACCCAAUAAAUUUCAAAAUCAAGCUAUAUAAGAUUCCCGCGACAGAAGUCAAAAAACUCGGAUCGUAUCCCAAUGGCUCAGGAGGGCUCGGUGACGUCUGGAUGUGUUCUUGGUCUCCACAAUCUCAGGAUGGAACGUCCAAGGUUGCGGUCAAAUCAGUUAGGGUUCCUCAAGCAGACGAUACAGAACUAGUGAAUAAGACAAGCAAGAGGAUUCGUCGCGAGGCUUAUGUUUGGAUCAAACUAGAGCAUGAAAACAUUCUACCUUUAAAUGGUGUUGUCGAUGGCUUUGGGAUACUCCCUGCCCUAGUUUCUCCGUGGAUGGAAAAUGGAUCGCUCGAUAAUUAUCUGACAAAGGGAUUUGUUCUUUCUGAGGCUGACAAACUGAGAAUGUUGAGACAGAUGGCUGCUGGCCUCAAGUAUUUACACGAAAAAGGAGUGGUCCAUGGCGAUUUAACAUGUACCAAUGUUCUGAUGGAUGCCGAUCAGAGACUUUAUCUUGCAGACUUCGGUCUCUCGGUGAUACUUUCAGAAACACAAAACUCCACCUUCAAUUCGUACCAUCAAGGAAAUGUACGGUGGAUGGCGCCUGAGAUGUUUGCCAUGCCCGACCAAGGGGGAGUAGUGAUGCCAACCAAAGCCGCCGAUGUUUACUCAUAUGGUUGCAUCAUGCUUCAGCUGUUUUGUGGACGCGCACCUUACCUAUGGCUAACGAAAGCGCACCACGUUAUUGCGGCAAGAGUCGCAGGAACAGAACCCUUCCGUCACUUCUCUGAUAUUGAAGACGUAUACAGGGAUUUUGCGUUGAGAUGCAUAUCUGUCAUCUUUGAUGAUCGACCAGUGACUUCUGCGAUUGUAGAGUUCUUAGGAGUAGAGUAACACCGAUAUGAACGAGCUAACCCAGGAUGCUAUGUACUCGGAAUAAUAUCUGUGUACUUACCAUAUUGUCACUGCCUUGUUUACAUACAUUAUGAGGACUGGUAUUACAUGCAGUCCGCUGGCACAUGAGUAUUGCUCCUGCAUUAAUACGAAUCCAGCUAGCGUAUCAUACGACACCGAGAAGUAGGAGCAUACAUGGACCAUCAUGAUUUAUAAUAGGACACCCGGAAUUAACAUAAAGACAGGAAAAAACAUCGCUUCAAAAC